CUGGCGGCGGCGGCGCUCCGAGCCCCUCCCGGCCGGCGGGGACGGCGACGGCGGGGCCCGAUGGCGAGACCAGGAGCUGCGUGCCCUCCGCCCGCCCGCCGGGUGAUGGUGGCCGCCCGGGCGCUGCUCUUCUGGGCACUGGUUUACAGCUACUGCGGAGUGUGCGCCUGCAUCGCCGGGCUGCGGCUGCUCUGGAGCAUCGGCCGGCGGCCGGGCGAGACCUUCCGCUGGGUGGUGCGGGAGAACCCCCCCUCCUGCCUCAACGACCCCUCCCUGGGCACCCACUGCUACGUCCGCAUCAAGGAUUCAGGGUUACGAUUCCACUAUGUGGCUGCUGGAGAAAGGGGCAAACCACUCAUGCUGCUGCUUCAUGGCUUUCCAGAAUUCUGGUAUUCUUGGCGCCAUCAAUUGCGGGAAUUUAAAAGUGAAUAUCGAGUGGUGGCCCUGGAUUUGAGAGGUUAUGGAGAAACAGAUGCUCCUCCUCACAAAGAAAAUUACAAGUUAGAUUGCCUGAUAGCAGACAUAAAGGAUAUUUUGGAAUCUCUAGGAUAUAACAAGUGUGUGUUGAUUGGCCAUGACUGGGGAGGAAUGAUCGCUUGGUUAGUGGCCAUAUGUUACCCUGAAAUGGUGACUAAGCUGAUUGUGGUUAAUUUCCCUCAUCCUUCUGUAUUUACAGAAUACAUUCUACGACAUCCAUCACAAUUGAUUAAAUCUGGUUACUACUUCUUUUUCCAAAUGCCAUGGUUUCCUGAAUUCAUGUUUACACUAAAUGAUUUCAAGGUUCUGAAAAGUUUAUUUACCAGCCAGGCCACUGGAAUUGGAAGGAAAGGCUGCAGAUUAACUGCAGAAGAUAUUGAAGCUUAUCUCUAUGUCUUUUCACAACCUGGAGCAUUAACAGGACCCAUUAACCAUUACAGAACUAUUUUCAGCACUAACUUGAAGGACUGUAUCAAGAAGAGUGGCAUUGAACUUGUUUUUCCUUUACUGUCUCCAGUCUUCAGCAGUGAUAAAUGUCCUGCAUGCUUCUCUAACACAAGACCAGCUUCCCAAUAUCCUUUAAAAUGACAAUUCCCUUCUUUCCCUAAACUCAGGCAGUAGAUAUUUGAAGUCUAUUACGUUUCCAUUUUCCAUGGUCCAAAUUUACUGCCACUUCUAUUGUUCUUUCUGUGCCAUCCAUGCUGUCACUAUCAGGAGAGCAAUCAGCAGGGAAAAUACUGUGAGGAAAGCAGGGAUCUGAGCUAGGAUCUGAUCUGUCUUGUACAAGCUGAGACAGAACUGGAAGAAGAAAGCAGAAAGCUAACCCCAAGCAUGGCUGACAAUGGGGAAUAAAUGAGAUGGCUGUGCUGGUAACAGUACAGUGAUUUAAAGCUAUGCAGAGAGCAGUCAAUGACAUCAGCUGGGAUGUCCAAGGGUGCCGGGGCUGCGUGGCUGCCCAGCGGCUCCCUGGCGCUGCAGCUGCUCGGGGCAGGGCUAAUGAGAUGCUGCAGAGGCGUGAGCGCCCCGAGCCCUGCUCGUUCCAUUGGCCACAGCACCUCGCAUCACUGCGUGUGCACAUUAGCCAGAUGCUCCUCUGACAGCAGCAGUGAUGUGUCUGUGAUAGCUGAAUUGCUCUGGGAGUGACAUGAGACAAAUGAAAGAGUUGUGAAUGUUUAAACUAUUGUGUCAGGCCUUUUCAGACUCAAAAAGAAAGCAUAGUAUCAGUUAUAAGUCAGAAAGUAUCUUCACAGCUGUUAAUUCCUCUGUGUGUUUUGUGUGUUUGUUUGUGCCUUGUUUGCUUUAUUCUUCUAAUGAAAGUACACCUGUACUGAAUUCAGAGAACCUUGUUUAUGUGCUAUCAGCCCCAAUGCAGCAGGCUUUGGGCUGGAAAGAAAAGAUCAGUCAUUCAAUUCUUGCCACCAGUUCUGAUGGUCACACCUUAUGGGAUGGGAAUUGUGAAAUGUGAAAACUGGAUUGCAAUUUUUCCUUUCUCUCAUCUAAGUCAUUAAGCAGCACUUGGAUGCUAAUGACUUGUAUUCACCAUAACUCCCAGUGAGCUGAUACUGGUGACCUACAUGUUAAAGGUUUCUAACGCAUUACUAUCCACUUGGAGUUUCAUUCUUCAGAGCCUGAUUUUUCUGGAAUGUUAUUUCCAAAGAGAUGACUGAAAUAACCUACUUCCAUCCAUCACCAACACAUCUUUUCCUACAUAGCACAUUGGUCAUUCCCAUCACUAUACAUUAAAUACAAACACUUUGAGAAAAAAUCCAUAAAGUUUUUCUAUCAUGCUGGGUUAGGAAAGAUAGGUAAGAAGCUGGAACUUGAAUUUCUUCUGAUACGCUAUUUGUUUAGAAAUGGGAUCAGUUCUGUUAUAACAGUUCAGAAGUACUUCGCUGUUUACAGAGAAGCUGUAUAACAAUGCUGCAUGAAUGUCUGAGUGUUUUUCAAAAACUUCAAUAAUGGAACUUCCCUUUCUAAAUGUGAAAUCUGUGCAUUAAUCAUUAUUAAAGGUGAUUUCUAGAAAUUUCAGGCAUGAUAUCAUUUCCUCUAUUCCAGACUGAACAGAAAUAAAGUGUAGUUCACAGGCAAUGAAAAGUGACCAAAAAAGCCUGUAAAAAGCCUGAUAGAGUUUACUUAAGUGAGGCUACAAAUCUUGCAAGGCACAAAACAGUAAACUCUACAGUAGUGAAAACACACACAUGUUAAUAGUGAGAGAUCCAAGAUACUGGAUUAAAAGAUAAAGAGAUUAGUCUAAAUGCACUGAAUCAGAUCAGCAGAUUAUCAGUUUUUUAAAUUGGUACUACGAAUAAGAUGUGGUUCAGUGGGUGACGUCAGGUUGUUUGCAAAAUGAGAUUUAAAUCCACUGGUAAAAAAGGCCAUUUCAAGAAUUUUUGUAAUUCCUCAAUCAAAAUGAAAUUAUUAUCUAAAGUGAUCUUUUAUUAACAUUUAUUGACUUCUCAUGUAAGUAGAGAGGCAGAAUGUCUUCAGUCUCGAUUUCUUUGUCUUAUUUUAAACUAAGACAUGUCAUCUGCUUUGUCUUCCCUUUUUACAGAGCAGAGUCUCUUAACUAACUGCUAAGUUUAAAACUAGUACUUACAUAUAUCAUAAGAGUUUAUUCAGGAAAUCUUUUUUAUACAUUACUGGUUUAAAACAAUCCUGGUUUUGCAUUAAUAUAAUAAAGAUUUGUAUCCGAUCAGAUGGAAUCUGUUUUGAAUUGUCAUAGCUAGUCUGUCACUGUAUGUGGCUAAAAGUAAGUAAUUCAAGCUUAGAUAAAUAUUUUAGCAUCUUUGAAAUGUGCUGGAAUAAAUUCUGAUGGGUUAAUGCUGAAAAGUCUUUCAUUCUAGAUCCUUGUAUCUUUCAUAACGUCUGUAGUAUGAGGUAAUAUUUAUAAAAUACUCAAUUUUAAAUAAUUGUAUUAAGAAAAAAUAAUUAAUUUUUACUGAAAGUUUAAGUAGGUCAUUUUGGUAGAACUUGGAGUCACAGUGGUUUUUUGGUAUUGUAGAAGAUACCGUGGAACCUAGAAAGUUUACAAUGAGAUUCACUGCAUUGAUUUCAAAAGCUGUGUUGACUGAAAUGUCUUGGUGAUUUUUUUAUUAAAAUAAGACCUAACUAAGUGUGUUUUAUUU